AUGGAAGACGUCCAGAUCUCAAAGCUUGCAGACCAGCUCCUGCGGGAUAUAGAUUUGCGGCUUGACAGAGCGCUUUGCGGGAGCCAGCCUGCCGACCCGCGCGCCCUGCAGGCCUUGCUGGAUCGCAUUGAACAGUUCCAGCCAAACCCCCAGCUCCUGGACUCGCGGCUGCGUUCGUUUGUGGGCCGUUUGGUGGACGUGUACCGUCGUGUGCUGGCGGGCGAGCUGGCCUGCGGGGAGCAGGUUGGCGUGAUAUUCUACCACCUCGCCAAAAUACGAGGCAUCAAGGUGGUCUCCAACUGUCUGACGAGCGAUCUGUACCUGUUGGUGUCAGUCAUUGACAAAACGGGCCGUCUCGGCGCUUCUGACCGUGCACAGUGGCAGGAGACCUUUUUCCUGCUAGUAUGGCUGUCGAUCCUGGUUCUGGUGCCGUUUCCGCUCGAGAAAGUCAGGCCCGGUCUCUCAGAGGCUCUCUUUGACCUCUCCCGCAAACACCUCCAGUCCAGCGGCAAGGAGAGCGACGCGGCGGCGUUGCUGACGGCACGGCUGCUGUCACGUGCGGACUGCGCGACGUUGCUCCAGCGUUUUGUCGCGGACAACUUCAACUCGCUCGCGUGGGAGCAAAAAAGCGUGUUUGAGCAGCUCGGCCUCCUCACAACGACAAACCACCUGUUCCGGCUGUGUGCGCCACAGACGCUCGAGCUGUUUGGGCAGCGCCUGCUGGUGCUGAUUGCAAACGAGCUGGACACGCCGAACGCCUCGUGCUUGCGGUUUUUUGUCAAGAACCUCGGCAAGCUGGGCGUCCAUUUUGUGCGGACCGGCGACUACGACGCGGUCGAGGAGGUAUUUAACUAUCUGUUUGACUUUGUCGGGCACGCCAGCACGGUUAUCCGGUACUCUGUGGCAAAGCAGCUGGCGAAGAUCGCGGGGCUGCUCCCGCAGCAGCUGCGCAACGACGUGGUGCGUGCGCUGGUUGCACAGCUCGAGCUCUCUGCCGACGGCCGCGUCGACGCCGAGUCGAUCGACGUCGAGCUCUUCCACGGCGUGUUGCUGGCAAUCGGCGAGCAGGCGCGCACGAGACAGCUGGACACGGCGUUCUUGCCCGAGCUGGCUGCCCUGCUGCACCAGACGCUUUUCCUGGAGCAGUACCGCGUGACCCACGCAGUCGGGUCGAAUGUGCGCGACGCGACGUGUUUCAUCAUCUGGUCGCUGGCCAAACGGUACAGAACAGACGAGGUGGGCCUUGAGCUGUGGCGGGCAUUUUUCCGCGACCUGGUGCUGUGCUGCUGUUUCGACAAGGAGCUGAUUGUGCGGCGCGCGGGCGCCGCGUGCGUGCAGGAGGUGGUCGGCCGCCACGGCGACAUUUUCGACCGCCACGACAGGCACAGCCUCAAGGUGAAACUGGUCGAGGCCCUGGACUACACGGCGCUGGGACAGCUCGACAGGGCGUUUGCGCUGAGUUUGGACAUUUGCAAGAUGGGGCUUUUGGAGAGAGAGAUCCAGGCAGCGCUGGAGCACGCCGUUCUGCACAGAGACUACGAGAUCCGCACACGGGCAGCACAGACGCUGCGAAAGAUCGGCGAUACACAGCUGAUCGGACGGUACUUCGAGAAAGAGUUUCGGCCAGGACGAUUCUAUGUGCUUGCGGAGCUGCUCCAGGACGCAACAGAGCUCGACACCGACAAAUACCACGAGCUUUUCGUGGAGUUCACGUUCGACUUCCACAGAGACCCGUUCCACAAAGGCGAGGAGUUCCUGCACCUCCUGACAGUGUUGUGUCGCCACGGAUUUGUUCCGAACGACCACGAGCUGGACACCGUCUUCAGCGUGGUCAGAAACGGCAGCGACCAGGUUUCGCGGCGGUUCUGCGAGCUCGCGGGGGUGCUCGUGCUACCAGAAAAAUAUAUCACGAAAUGGCUGUCGUAUAUUCGAAACGGAAGUCUGGUGGCUGCGCGCGCCGUUGGACUCGCACACUGGCUGGAAGCAAGACUCGACAACGUGCUGGGGCUGGUGGCCGGGCCGGCCGACGCAGAGCUGCGCAGCUGUCUCAUUCUGUCGCUCGCAGAGUAUCUGCACCGCCACGACGUGGCUGAGCACCAGAAACAGACUCUGAUUGCCUGUCUCGACGACUACACGGUCACCAACCGCGGCGACGUCGGGAGUCUGGUGAGAUCGGCGACAAUGAAGCUCAUCGAGGCCAAUAGAGACAAAUUCGGCAACCGCGCGCUCAUUAACCGCAAACUUCUGCGCAUAGCAGGCGAAACCAUGGAGCGGCUGCGUGUGGCGGCGCUUAAGCUCGCGGCAAAGCUCAACGGCUGGCAGUUCGCCCCGCCAGAGUCCGACGUGGACCAUUUCCAGGCCCUCAUGAAUAUCUACCGUGCGCAUCUCGUGCAAGACAGAGAGCUCUCUCGCGAGUUCUGGAAGGGCUACUGUUUUUCUGCCGGGUCCCAGCAGUCUCUGGCGCAAGCCACCAACGCGGCGCUGCUGGCGUUCUUCCAGGCCUGGGAGCGGCUGGACGACCGAAAAACCGUGCUGGGCGACAUUCUGUCGAUUUUGAAGCCGCUCGGCACCGCACAGGGCCGCGUCGAACGUGCUACCAAAACGCAGGACGCCUGCUUGCGGUUCCUGUGCAACGCACUGGAGCUGAACCUGCCGCUGCCAGCCGACGUUGCUGUGCGGAGCAUCUUUGUGCGCGUGUACAACCUCACGCUCGGGAAAACACACCCGGGACGGCUCGCGGUAGCCAUUCGCGUGUUCGUCCAGCUCGCAAUAGCAGACCCAGCAGACACGAAAGCAGACUGUGUGGCACGGCUGUCGAGGCUGAGCAAGGAACACCCGGCCGCAAGCGUGCGGCUGGCUGCCCUGGAAGCUCUGCAGGAACUUGAGUGCGACUCAGUUUAG